AUGUCCAGAGAGCUAACAAGAGAAGAACCCAAUUAUUUCGGAGCCGGGCCUGCGUUGCUACCAACAGAGGUACUCCAGACUGCUGCCUAUGAUCUGUUGAACUUUAACUCAGUCGGUCUGGGUAUCGGAGAGAUCUCUCAUCGUUCUGGACCAGCUACCGAGGUGAUAAAUAGCACGAAACAGCAUUUCAAGGACUUGUUGGACAUUCCAGACACUCAUGAAGUAUUUUUCAUGCAAGGAGGAGGUACCUCUGGAUUUUCGUCAAUCGCAACUAAUUUGGCAGCUGCGUAUCUGAAAAAGACAGGCAAACCAGGUAAGGCAGGUUACGUUAUCACUGGUACCUGGUCUAAAAAGUCUUAUGAAGAAGCUGUGAGAUUGGGUGUUGACUCGGUUGUUGUUUGUGAUGCCAAAAAAUUAAAUGGGUCUUUUGGUGACAUCCCCUCCGUUGAAAAAUGGUCCAUUCCUGAUCUCAAAGACACUUCCUAUGUGUACUUCUGUGAUAACGAGACGGUCAACGGUAUUGAAUUCCCUGACUUUCCAUUCGAAAAGUUCCCAGAUGUUGAGAUUGUUGCGGAUAUGUCGUCCAACAUACUGUCCAAGAAGUUGGACAUCUCCAAGUAUGGUUUAAUCAUGGCUGGUGCUCAGAAGAACGUUGGUCUGGCCGGAAUUUCCAUCUAUAUCAUCAAGAAAUCACUUCUGGAACAGCCAUCUGAUGCCGAAAUCAAAGCUGCUGGAAUUCCUUUACCCCCAAUCGCUUUUCAUUAUCCAACCGUUGUUGCAAACAACUCUGCCUACAACACUAUUCCAAUCUUCACUUUGCACAUAGUUGAUCUUGUGCUACAAUCUCUUUUGAAAAAAGGUGGAAUUACAUUCCAGCAGGAGCUUAAUGAAAAGAAGGCCAAACUACUGUAUGAGACAUUGGAUGCGUACCCAACCAUUUUCAAUUUGCCCGUGGCCAAAGCCGUUAGAAGCAAGAUGAACGUUGUCUUCACAUUGAAGGAUACCUCUCUGGACUCCGAGUUCUUGAAGCAGGGAGAGGCCAACAAGCUCACCGGUUUGAAAGGACACAGAUCUGUGGGUGGUAUGAGAGCUUCGUUGUACAACGCAGUCUCGUUGAAGUCCGUGGAGCUGUUGGUUGCUUAUAUCAAGACCUUUGCCGAGAGUCAUAAGUAA